AUGGCAGCUGCUAGAGAACAAAAGGAAUACGAGGAUAUUAAUCAGUUUAUUGAAGAUUCUCAAUGUAUGAAUGCAUCGGUGAGCAGAAUUUCCGCUGGCAACUUUCUCGCUUGGAAAGUGAAGAUAUUUAGCCCUCUAUUCUCUGUUCAUGAUCUAGCAGAAAACGACUCUCAUGUUGUAUCAACGAUCAUGAUCGAGUUUCCAGUGGACUAUCCCAUCGCGCCUCCUGUUGUCUACUGCACUGAUGCUGUCAACCACCCAUUUCUUGGCGAAGGAAAUCGAAUUCCUUUCAAGCAACUCAAGGACAAGUCUGCUUGGAGCCCUCUGAUUCCGAUUUCCCUUGUAAUCACUGGCAUUCAUGAUUUGUUCUUGAGCCAUCUUUGCACGCAUCCUGAGGAAAAUCUUGUUUCAAGGCCUCCAAGAAUAACGAAAAAGCCGAAUUUCGAUGUGAAAAUACCAGAAACAGCCAUCGACAAAUAUCUCGAUCAACCUGAGCUGCCAGUAAAUGAUAAAAUACGAGAAGUCUUCAAGCUCCAUGAAAAACAAGACGAGCUGAAAGAAGUUCAAGAAAAAAUGAGCGAGCUGAAAAAAGCGCAGAAAAAACUUCGAAAACGACGAAAAAAGCUUGAAAAGGCUGUUAAAAAGCGUCGAAGACUUGCAGGGGUCAGGCGAGCAGAUGAAGAGGAAGAGGAAGAUUCCGAUAACUGA